AUGUUCGAUGAGUCCGUCCUAGUCGCUCGCUCUGGCAGCCCCCUGGGGUCGCCCGACUCCCGUCCACCAGCGUUCAAGGCCGUUGGCAUCGCCCUCGCCGUCUCCUCGGGCCUCUUCAUCGGCAUCUCCUUCGUCCUCAAGAAGGUUGGCUUGCUCAAAGCCAACAUCAAGUACAACGAAGAGGCCGGCGAGGGAUAUGGCUACCUCAAGAACGUCUACUGGUGGGGAGGCAUGUCCCUGAUGAUCCUGGGCGAGCUCUGCAACUUCAUCGCCUACGCCUUUGUCGAUGCCAUCCUCGUCACUCCCCUGGGCGCGCUCUCCGUCGUCGUCACCACCGUCCUCUCCGCCAUCUUCCUCAAGGAGCGCCUCAGCUUCGUGGGGAAAGUCGGCUGCGUCAACUGUCUCAUCGGGUCCGUCAUCAUCGCCAUGAACGCUCCCACGCAGUCGUCUGUGGCCAAUAUCCAGGACAUGAAGCGCUACUGCCUCACGCCUGGCUUUCUCUCCUUUGCCGGCGUCAUCAUUGUCGUCUCCGCCUUUCUUGCCAUCUGGGCUGGUCCCCGGUACGGCAAGAAGAGCAUGUUCGUCUACCUCACCAUCUGCAGUCUCACCGGUGGACUCAGCGUUGUGGCCACCCAGGGGCUCGGAGCCGCCAUCAUUGCCCAGAUCAUGGGCACCUCUCAGUUCAAAGAGUGGUUUCUCUGGGUCCUUCUCAUCUUCAUCAUUGGCACCCUCCUCACGGAGAUUAUAUACCUCAACAAAGCGCUUAAUCUGUUCAAUGCCGCCAUGGUGACGCCUACAUACUAUGUCAUCUUCACCAGUGCCUGUAUCAUCACCUCUGCAGUGCUCUUCCAGGGAUUCAAGGGAACCGCCAUCAGCAUCACCACCGUCGUCAUGGGCUUCCUCCAGAUCUGUACCGGAGUCGUACUCCUUCAGCUAUCCAAAUCCGCCAAGGACGUCCCCGAUGCCGCAGUCUUCAAGGGUGAUCUCGACCAGGUGCGUGAGGUCGCCGAGCAGGAAGAAGGAGAGAUGGAACCCAAGGCAGACGCCAUCAGAGGAACAGCUGCCAUCAUCCGUCGCAUAUCAACCCCUCGCCAGAAGAUGGAGCAAGAAGAGAUCAGGCGCUUCCACAUGGACCAGAGACUCGACGAGCUCGAGCCCGUCAGCGAAAACGAGGUCAUCGAGUGGGACGGUCUUCGCAGACGACGGACCACCCUCGUGAACGGCGUGCCUGCCACCAGCCCCCGUCGUAGGGUCCAGCACCCCCCGCUGGGCAUGUCUCGCUUCCCGGAUUACUCUGAGCCAGAAGUCAGGACUCCUCAAGAGGGCCUCGAUGGUUCCUUCAUCGGCAGCAUUCGUAAACGUGCUUCGACCGCUCUACACCCUUACUGGAGACCCAGCGGCACCAUCUCCCCGCAGCCCAUGGAAAACGAUGGCCGUCUCGACUCGCCCAGGUCGAUGCCUGAACGGCCCUCUGAGUCUGACCCCUUCACCCGUCACGAGCUCCUCCAGGCAUUCCAGUAUAACAAGGCCAUCCGUCGUCCACGAAGCGAGACCAUCGACUCCGUAAUCAACGAAAAGGCCAGGAAGGAAGAGAAAUCACCCCUGGUUGAGGAAAGCAGCAAUGGCAGCAGCGAGAUUAAGGAGAAAACAGAGUCGAGCAGUCCCCCUCCUACGCCUCCACCGCAUAGAGCCCACCGACAGUUCUCUUUCAACGUCUUCCGUCGAAAUUCCUCCUCCGCUCCGCCGGCGGAGCGGCUAAGCACCCCUACAAAGACACCGCAUCUGCACCUCCCUCACUUCAUUCCCCAUCACGCCUCCCAUGCCAGCAGCAACUCCAAGCGGACCACAGAGGAAGAACUACUCGGCUUCUCCUCAGGUGACAAGGGCAAGACUCGCUCCCCUUCACCUCCAGCCAACAAAUCCCGCCCCGACAAGGUUACAAGGCACUCACACGGCAACUCCUCAGACUCUCUCCGCCAUGUCCUCUCCGCCUCCUCUUCCUCAGAAGGUGAAUCUUCAAACGUCCCCUCACCAUCUCAGUCCGAGCUUCAGUCCCAGUCCCAGUCCCAGCAACCUCACCACCUAGAGCCCAUGCGUCCAUUGACGAGCGAAUCAGAGCAAGAUAACCGUGGAACUGGCCCUUCAGACUCAACAUGCUCGUUCCCCAAAUUCGACACCUCGAGCUUUCCUCUAUCAGCCAUGACCUCUUCACCCGAAGAAGCAAGGAGAGGACGCAAAGAGCGACGAGGAAACAUCAGACAGAGCUACGACGGCGCCCUUAACGACUCCAAGGGCACAAAAGAAGGCCCAAGCAAGAGAUGA